CUAGGAGAGGCCGGGCCGGGGCUGGGUCCUCGCAUCACCGGAGCCGGGGGUCGUUUCCCAACCGCGUUCGCCUGCCGCGUGUCGCUCCCGCCGCGCUGUGCAGUGGAGCGGGUCGGCGGUGCCGGGAUUGGCCCGGCUGCCGGCCCGGGGGUGAUUACAUAACGCCAAGCAGGGCCCGCCGACCCGGGGCGCCGCGUCCCCGACGCUCCACGGUGGCCAGCCCCGGGCACCUCUCACCUGGAGGAGGUGCGGGGAAACCUGCCGGCCUUGGCGCUUUCAACGGGAUUUUUCUUUGUUGACUUCCUACUGAGUUCGAAGGCAGAAUAUUAGCUACGCCACACAUUCUCGUCUUUUUGUUUGUUUUUUUUUAAAGAAGCAUUUGUAAGGGACGUAUCUAGAAAAGCUCCAGAAGGCACGGACUGACUUGCGAUUGUAGGAGACAGCCCAUUCCUCCUGAGGAGGAGUCAUUUACGGACUCCUGAGCGCCUGGGACGCUCCAUUCCUUUGUUAUAAAUUAUGUAAAUUGUCCUCGACCUCUUUUGAGUUUUUCCGUUUUGCAGGCUCUUUCCCAGUAGUUUUUAAACGGUUUUAUGUCGUUCCCUGCUUUGGCAUUGUUUCCCUCUUAGCCAUUUCCGUAUGUUUCUAUCAGAUAUUAGGACGCUACGCCUGUCCAGUUUUUUGGUCACCUUAAGGGGAGCCUUAUAGUCUGCGCGAUGUUUCUAUGGUAAUAUACGAUUUUAAGAACUAAUAAUCAGAAAGACUCUUGUGCAGGUUUAAAAACAAGUUCAUGAAUUCGCCUGCCGUGUCCACGGAGAUGGGCCGUAGUUCUUGGCCGUAGGGACUGGACUGGAGCUAGUCCAGGAGGACAGUGAAGAUGUCGCCUUCCUUAGUCCCGGCCACCGUCUGGCCUGUGAGCAAGAGGAAGCUGCAGACCACUUGGGCCGCCCUCACCCUGACACCUUCAGCAGUAAGCAAGAUAAAACAACUUCUUAAAGAUAAGUCUGAGCAUCUAGGUAUGAAAGUUGGUGUCCGGGCCGGGCAUGGUGGCUCAUGCCUGUAAUCCCAGCACUUUGGGAGGCCGAGGCGGGCGGAUCACGAGGUCAGGAGUUCGAGACUAGCUUAGCCAACAUAGUGAAACCCCGUCUCUACUAAAGAUACAAAAAAAAAAAAAAAUUAAAAAAAAAAGUUCGUGUCCGAACCAGGGGCCGUAUUGGCCUUUCUUAUACUCUAGAGCAUACGAAGACAAAGGACAUUUUGAUGAAGUUCAAAUUGGAGUCAGAGUGCUCAUCGGAAAGAAGGCGCAGCUAACACGUUUAGGAACAGAAAUGGAUUAUGUUGAAGACAAAUUAUCCAUUGUGUUUGUGUUCAGUAACCCAAGCAUCAAAGGAACUUGUGGCUGGGGAGAAGGCUUGACUAUUUGCAAUCUCAGGAUUCCUCUGGCCGGAGCUCCCGGACUCCUGUGGAAGCCUGGGGGCUCGCUGAAGAAGUCACGUGACUGGAACCUGCUUAGUGCUCUGCUGUCUGUGAAAAUAGUGAUCCGGGGAGACAGGAACACGGGCAAGACAGCGCUGUGGCACCGCCUGCAGGGCCGGCCGUUCGUGGAGGAGUACAUCCCCACGCAGGAGAUCCAGGUCACCAGCAUCCACUGGAGCUACAAGACCACGGAUGACAUCGUGAAGGUUGAAGUCUGGGAUGUGGUGGACAAAGGAAAAUGCAAAAAGCGAGGCGACGGCUUAAAGAUGGAGAACGACCCCCAGGAGGCGGAGUCCGACAUGGCCCUGGAUGCCGAGUUCCUGGACGUGUACAAGAGCUGCAACGGCGUGGUCAUGAUGUUUGACAUCACCAAGCAGUGGACCUUCAAUUAUAUUCUCCGGGAGCUUCCGAAAGUGCCCACCCAUGUGCCAGUGUGCGUGCUGGGGAACUACCGGGACAUGGGCGAGCACCGAGUCAUCCUGCCGGACGACGUGCGUGACUUCAUCGACAACCUGGACAGCAGACCUCCAGGUUCCUCCUACUUCCGCUACGCUGAGUCUUCCAUGAAGAACAGCUUUGGCCUAAAGUAUCUUCAUAAGUUCUUCAAUAUCCCAUUUUUGCAGCUUCAGAGGGAGACGCUGCUGCGGCAGCUGGAGACAAACCAGCUGGACAUGGACGCCACACUGGAGGAGCUGUCGGUGCAGCAGGAGACGGAGGACCAGAACUACGGCAUAAUCCCCCCUCACGGGAAGGUCCACUUGCUGCCAUCUGGCCACCUCUGCAUGGAGCCCCCAAAGGCUGUGCCUCAGAACAGAUCCGAAAUGACUUUCCGGGGAGCUGAACACAGCUUCCUGGAGAUGAUGGAGGCUCGCAGCCGCGGCCAUGCGUCCCCACUGGUGGCCAACGGGCAGAGCCCAUCCUCGGGCUCCCAGUCACCGGUGGUGCCUCCAGGCGCUGUGUCCACGGGGAGCUCCAGCCCCGGCACACCCCAGCCCGCCCCACAGCUGCCCCUCAAUGCCGCCCCACCAUCCUCUGUGCCCCCUGCACCACCCUCAGAGGCCCUGCCGCCACCUGCGUGCCCCUCAGCCCCCGCCCCGCGGCGCAGCAUCAUCUCGAGGCUGUUUGGGACGUCACCUGCCGCCGAGGCAGCCCCUCCACCUCCAGAGCCAGUCCUGGCCGCCGAGGCCCCAGCAGCAGUGCAGAGCGUGGAGGACUUCGUUCCCGACGAUCGCCUGGACCGCAGCUUCCUGGAAGAUGCGACCCCCGCCAGGGACGAGAAGAAGGUGGGGGCCAAGGCUGCCCAGCAGGACAGCGACAGUGAUGCGGAGGCCCUGGGCAGCAACCCGCUGGUGGCAGGGUUCCAGGACGAUGUGGACCUCGAAGACCAGCCACGUGGGAGUUCCCCACCACCCGCUGGUCCCGUCCCCAGUCAGAACAUCACUCUUUCAAGUGAGGAGGAAGCAGAAGUGGUGGAUCCCCCAAAAGGCCCUGCCCCGGCUCCCCAGCAGUGCUCAGAGCCAGAGACCAAGUGGUCCUCCACACCAGCUUCAAAGCCACGGAGGGGGACAGCUCCCACGAGGGCCGCAGCACCGCCCCGGCCAGGCGGUGCCUCUGUUCGCACAGGUCCGGAAAAGCACAGCAGCACCAGGCCCCCUGCUGAGAUUGAGCCGGGGAAGGGUGAGCAGGCGUCCUCAUCCGAGAGUGACCCCGAGGGGCCCAUCGCUGCACAGAUGCUGUCCUUUGUCAUGGAUGACCCCGACUUUGAGAGCGAGGCGUCAGACACACAGCGCAGGGUGGAUGAGUUUCCCGUGCGAGAUGACCCCUCCGAUGUGACUGACGAGGACGAGGCCCUUGCUCAGCCGCCCCCGCCCCCCAAGCUCCCUCUCCCCACCUUCAGACUGAAGAAUGACUCGGACCUCUUCGGGCUGGGGCUGGAGGAGGCUGGGCCCAAGGAGAGCAGCGAGGAAGGUAAGGAGGGCAAAACCCCCUCUAAGGAGAAGAAGAAGAAGAAGAAAGGCAAAGAGCAGGAAGAAAAGGCUGCCAAGAAGAAGAGCAAACAUAAGAAGAGCAAGGACAAGGAGGAGGGCAAGGAGGAGCGGCGGCGGCGGCAGCAGCGGCCCCCACGCAGCAGGGAGAGGACGGCUGCCGAUGAGCUGGAGGCUUUCCUGGGGGGCGGGGCCCCGGGCGGCCGCCACCCUGGGGGUGGCGAUUAUGAGGAGCUCUAGGCCAACCGGGGCAGUGGCCGCCCUGGGGUGGGGGGCGUGCCUGUCACUGCCUGGGGAGGCAUUUGCCUCUGCACCAUCGCCUUUGCCGCUGCCCAGUGGCUGCCGUGUGCACUUCUGAGCUGGAAGAGGCUGGGCGUUGGUGUCCCCGGACUGGGCCUCCAGACCCGGUGUGAGCCUGCUCUGCAAGGAGGGAGGGGACAGCUGGCUUUGGCCAGGCUCGGUGGACACCCUGGCCCUCUCGGGGCAGAGCCGCCAGUCCCCAGUGUUUCUCAGGGAUGUGACUGAGGCCCAGGGGCAUGAGGGUCUGUUUACAGAGGCUGGGCAGGGGCCGCUUGGCUGCGGGGUGCACGCUGCCCCGGCACCUGCUUGCCCUCCGCGCUCACCCAGGGCCGCAGCAUGCCUAUGGCUCCGCUUCCGGCUGGGAGCCCUGAACACGGGUGUGCAGACCCACCCUAAAGGGCAGCCCAGGCCCCACGCUAGGCACGGCUGGCGAGAGACCGAAGGCAGCAUGCAGGGCCUCUCUUGGGGAUGGGGGCUGUUUCCCACAGCGGCCUCAGCUGCGCCCCCGCUCAGGUGAGCCCACAGGCGGGAGCUGGGAGGCACGCCUCCCAAACCCUCCACUCAGACCAUAAAGCACUCCUGUUUCA